AUGCAAAUUAAAAUAGUCCUUAAAGCUCUCACUGAUAACUCACUUGUGCGCACAGAGAAAAUUGGAUCUAGCAACUACUACUGGUCAUUCCCAAGUGAUGCUAGUGUAGCACUUAAGCACAGAAUUGACAAACUAACAUUGUCUGCUGAAACAUUGGAACACGAAGUUAUAACUUUACAAAACCAAAUGGAUCUUGAAGAAAAACAAAGAAUACCUUCGGAAAAACGUGAAGAACAACUUGCAAUUUUGAAGCAGCUAGAAACAGAUUUAACUGAAACUACUAAGAAACUAGAGAUUUAUUCUUUGACUAGUCCUAAGGCUUAUAAAGAACUUGUAUCUAAGAUUGAAGAGAAAAAAGCCAUUUCAAAUAAAAUGACAGAUAACAUCAACUCUAUGGUUUCUUAUUUGCGCAAAACAUCGUUUGUUCCAUUAGAACUCAUUCAAGCGGAGUUUGGGUUUGAUGACAAUGAUAUGGAGGAGCUUGUUUAA